AUGCCUUUUGUUGAAUAUUCAGUGGUGCACCACAAGGCUCGUGGCAAACGCAUUCCUACGGAUGCGGAUGUGAAUGCAGCUGACAUUGCCAGCUACCACCGCAAGGUGAAGGCGGUCAUUCGCAAGACCCUCGAAGAGUCACCGGAUGGCGAGCUUCCUGCAUGGUCGGAGCAAUAUCAGGGGUGGGUGUUUGGACCCACCGAGACCGUGGUGAUCUCGGGCAGCGGCUUCCCCGACCUCAUUCCCGAUGGGGCUGACCCCGAUGUCGCCGAGAAGAAGGCGGUUGCUCUUUUGUUCGAGUAUGCCCAAGUGGAGCCCAAGAAAGGCAAGAAGAAGACGGGUUCCAACAACUGUAAUGCCGCCAUGGAGCGAGAUCUCCUGGAUGAUGUGGGUGAGUGGGAGGAUGCGGAGGAUAGUGUGUAG